GGUCCCAUCGCUACAAUUUAGUGGGACUACCUUACCAAAAUUCAAUUUUGUAAUAAUAAAUCAGAACAAUGAAAAUAAUGUGGAGAGAGAGAGAGAGAAGAGAGAGAAAGAGGAGAGAGAAAGAGAGAGAGUCUGAUUAGUGAUGUGAGCCAGUGAGAGAGACAGUAGGUUUUGUCAUUUCUCUCUCUCUACUCCCAUCUUUGUCCACCGAAUCGCCCCCCUGAGAAUCAGAAAAGCCCACCACUCUCUUUCUUUAGGGUUUCUACUUUCCCUUUUUUCAAAAAAAAUUGAAUGAAAAGAAAAGGUUCAAGCGAGCAGUAAGUGUGGAAUUCUCGUGAAUUUAAGUUGAAAAUUUUGAGUUAUUUACUGCUGUUUAGUAUACGAAGUGGUAGAUCUCUGAAUCGAUUCAGGUACAUUUUAAGUGACAUUGAAUUUGUAGUUAGUCUUUGUUGAGAAAUGAAUCACUACAUUAUUCUAAGUUUAAGUCUCUUCCAUCGGUGCUAAGUUGAAGCGACUCACCACACGUAAAUCAGUUCCUAAGUUAUGGGUUCAUUUCGCGGAAAUUGUGAAAUAAUCGAGGCAAAAGAUGAGCAGAGUACAGCUCAGCGACCUCAAACACUCCGUCAUUUAAGAGCAUACGAAAGAGAGCAGAAGCCUCCGAUUCUGAAAAAGGGACCAAACAAAACCUUGGAAGAUGACAUCAACAAGCUUUUCGAAGCUGUCAAUCUCAGAACAUGCAAAAGUCUGGAUCUGUCAGAUGCUCGACGAAAUGCCUCAAAGAAGCCGAUGAGGGGUAACGGUUCUUAUUCGCCAGGCAUUGGAUUUUCCGAGCCCGUCUCUCUAAAGCAGGCUCUUAGGGGCUUGUGCAUUUCUCAGGCCGCAGAGAUGGCUGCAGUGAAACGUUCGUCCAUGCCAGCAUCGCCUAGAGUCUCCGAAGCUGGGAAAAUCAGUAACAUGUACAGAUCUGUUGUAGUUGAAACUGGUGAAUAUGGUCCCUCCCAUGUCGAAAUUUGUUUGGUUCCAGAAGAAAGUACCUCGAAUUCUUCUCGUAGUUUUGGUGUUAAACCAGUUAUAAUAAAGAACACAGAUCAUAAUUCUAGUAAUGCUGCAUGUUCGACUAGUAAAAAGGCUCAGUAUCUUGAAGAAAAACCAGAAACAGAGUCUUUGAAGCAGAACGGAUGCAGUUCUGUAUCGGUAGUUGGUACUCAGUUGAUGAAAACAAGCCUAAAGGAAAAAGACCCCGUUUUGAUUUCAACCCCGCCUCAUAAUAAUGCUCGUGAUAAUAUUAAUAUUUCAAACAAGGUAUCAAGUGUGCCAAGUAUGGAUUCCACCGCCUCCUCUAAACUAGUAGAUAAAGCUGCACCGAAACCGAGACGAAAAUCAAGGUUACAGAAUGUAUCCUCUUCAUCCAGUGCAGUGAAAGGCACUAAAGAUGUGAGGCCAACAAAAAGCACGUCUCGUUUAGUCAAACCCAUUGCCAGAAACAAGAAUCUCACUAUAAAGAAAUCGAAGAAAGCACCGGUAUUGGCAACCGAUGGAAAUUCAAGAAAAUCGAACGAAAUAAAUAGUGUUGAGGCCCACAAUUCUGAGCAAUUGAUCUGCCAGAAGUGCCAGUGUUCCUUGAAGGAUACAAGUAAGGAUAUUCCAGAUUGCGAGGCAGAUAGAAAUACUUCUGCUGUAAAGACUAAUGUGCCCUCCAACAAGCCCUGUACUAAAGGUGAUAUCUCUCAAAGCUCAAAGAGCAGUAUCUGCGAUUUUAGCAGUAGCACGAAUAGCACACUCAGUGACGAGAGCAAUCUAAGUGGUUCCACUUGCAGCAAUAGACCGCACAUGUCGAAGGAUAUGAGAUGGGAAGUCAUUAAUCAUGUAAAGAAACAAUAUGGCUUCUUAGGGCUGAGUCACUUCAAUUUAUUGAAGAAACUUGGCUCUGGAGAUAUCGGUACGGUUUAUCUUGCUGAACUGAUAGGAACGAACUGCCCUUUUGCGAUUAAAGUGAUGGAUAAUGAGUUCUUGGCAAGAAGGAAGAAGAUGGUGAGGGCGCAAACUGAGAGAGAAAUUCUGAGGAUGCUGGACCAUCCAUUUCUGCCGACACUUUAUGCUCAGUUUACAUCUGAUAAUUUGUCGUGUUUGGUUAUGGAUUUUUGUCCUGGCGGAGAUCUGCAUGUUCUCCGGCAGAAGCAACCUGGCCGGAACUUUCCUGAACAGGCGGCGAGAUUUUACGUUGCCGAGGUUCUUCUUGCCCUCGAAUACUUGCACAUGCUUGGUAUUGUGUACCGCGAUCUUAAACCAGAAAACAUCCUAGUACGAGAAGAUGGCCACAUCAUGCUAACCGAUUUCGACCUGUCGCUCAGGUGUUCCUUCAGCCCAACUCUCGUCCAAUCAUUAGCAAUGGAACCUCCUAGAAUGUCCGGACCAUGUGCAGGGUCCAAUUGCAUAGACCCUUUCUGCAGCGGGCCCACAUGUAAAGUGUCGUGCUUCACCCCUAGAAUCCUACCCACCACAGCUAGGGCAAGAAAGCUAAAAGCCGAGGCCGACCACACCAGAUCGCUGCCCCAACUAAUAGCGGAGCCCACAGAGGCUCGAUCAAACUCAUUUGUAGGCACGCACGAGUAUUUAGCACCGGAGAUUAUAAAAGGAGAAGGCCAUGGAAGUGCGGUGGAUUGGUGGACAUUUGGAAUAUUCCUGUACGAGCUUCUUUAUGGGAAAACACCGUUUAAAGGGGCUGGAAAUGAGGAGACGUUGGCUAAUGUGGUGAUGCAGAGUCUGAGAUUUCCCGAGGGUCCGAUUGUGAGUUUUCAGGCGAGGGAUCUUAUCAGAUCCCUGUUGGUGAAGGAGCCGGAGAAUAGGCUGGGGACUGAAACGGGGUCCGCUGAGAUUAAACGGCACCCGUUUUUUCAGGGAUUGAAUUGGGCGUUGAUAAGGUGUGCCGUGCCACCUCAGAUUCCGGAGAGUUAUAACGGUGUUGUGUCGGAUUCAAGAACAGACAGUCAAGAUAAGGGGAAAAAGUUUCUGGAGUGUGGUGCUAGUGGAGAGCAGUUAGAGUUUGAGUUGUUCUAAAGGGAAAAAAAAAAACGUUUUUGUUUUUAAAGGUAAAGGUGCUAUUUCUUUUGCUCAUCUUCCAUCUUGUAAUAUAUAUAUAUAUAAGUUAUAUAUAUAGUAUGUGCUGUUUGAAGAAGUUGCUGCUGGUUAUGGCACUGGAAAUAUAUGUAUAUAUAUUUCCACGUGAUGGGGACAAAUUCGAUAUAAUGAAGCAAAGAUUUCUCGUUACUAAGAGGUGUGGGCGCCCUUUAUUAUGUUCAUUUUUAGUUGAAUUAGAUGUUUUGUUUUCUUAUAGGCUCAUUGAAGUGAAUGUUGAUAACAAGUUCUAAUGUAUUUAAUUUUUGGGUUUUAGCUCGUA